UAAAAUUCCCCUCAUCCACGUCUCAAUAGUAUCGGGCUAUCGGCUCUACCAGUACCAGUCAGACACUUUGACUUUCCGCAUUCCCAAGAUGACGUCUCCGGUGGCCCUGCUCUCUUUCCUCCUCCUAUCUCUUCCACUUCUCUACUCCGCCGCCCCACUCACAGCUUACGAAGCCCUCGAACAAUACGAUUUCCCGGCGGGUCUGCUUCCACUGGGAGUCACAGGCUACACUCUCAACGAGGACACUGGAGAAUUUGAGGCGUACCUGAGUGAGACGUGCUCUUACUCCGUCGAAGGCUACGAUCUCAAAUACAAGUCCACCAUCAGCGGAAAAAUCAGCAAAGACAAGAUCACCGACUUGAAAGGUAUCAGCGUAAAAGUUGUGUUUUUCUGGGUGAACAUCGUGGAGGUCACCCGCGACGGCGAUGAGUUGUCUCUCUCCGUGGGGAUAUUGUCGGCGUCAUUUGACAUCAGUGGAUUCAUCGAGUCCCCACAGUGUGGAUGUGGGUUCGAUUGCAACGAUAUUCGAAUUGAUGAGAUUACGGAAGAGAAUAAGAUGGAUAUGGUUUCGGUUUUGUCCUUCUGAAUUAAUCAACAGGUUUUGUUGAUUAUAAUAAACUUGUUUUCCACCUUCAGGAAAAAUCAUAGCUAGCAUCGUUUUCUCGAUGGUUUAGGGCUUUCGGUUGUGUACCUAAUUAUUAAUUGUUAGGUUAGCUAAUAGUUCGUUACAAGCAGAUUACAAAUUCUGUUGUAUGAAUUGGUUAUAAAUUUAACCAUUUAAAUAAGAGAAAAAUAUCCUCUAA